UUACAUUGGUAGAACGUAUAAGCGGGUUUUAUGUAGAAUGUGUAACGUAACUUAAGGAUAAUGUGUUAGACAGACCGAGGAUCAAUGAAUUAAAUGAUUCUUACUGUUUCAGGCCCUUAUAACGCAUGAAAUUGCCCUUUUUGCUCAAUAGCGCUCUCAAAGCAAACUCUUUAAAAGAUGUGGAAGCAAUAAUCCGGAAGCUGGAAAAGCUUAUACCAAAACUUCAAGGAGCACAGGUUUCAAAUGUUCUAAAUAUUCUAUCUAAAAAGGAGAUAGAACACGAUAAGACGUCUUGGUUUCGUCUUUUAAGAGUAUUGUUGCCGGAUGGCAAUUUAAAAAAUACUGCAAAUAGUGAUAUCUUUACGUUGGAGUCAGAUAAUCAGGGCCAGAAUCACUUGAACAGUAGGAUUGCUGUAUUGAAUGAAAACACUGAAAUAUCAAAUAAUGGACACUACAAAAAUGAUCAUCAUGUUGGAAAAGGUGGUUAUGAAUACAAUGGUGAUGCUAGAAGGAAUAUUCCUUCUAGUCCCUUGUACACAUAUGAGAUCAAGGACGUCAUAAUUGUCCUGAAUGCUUUUGCCAAAGUAGAUGUACUUCCAGCGGAGUUUAUGCAAGUUAUAAUUGACAUUGUAAAAAUUCACAUUAGUACAAUAGGAAGUCGUGAGAUAUCAACGUUGGUCCAUCGUUUUGGGAAGCACAAUAUGAUCGACCAUGCCAAUAUCGUAUUAGAGAACUAUAGAAACACAACCGAAUGCCUUGAAAAUGAAACGGAUUAUUCCAUGAUGCUGACAACAUUGCUUCUGAACAAAGAGAAGCUGAAGUCGUCAACUGCAUAUAACGAACUAAUCGAAUCUAUAGAUGCUAAGAGUGCUUUUAUGAGUGAUAAAUCUUUGGCGAUAUUGGUGAAUUCAUUGGCGAAGUCUGGUCAUGAUGAACACGGUAUUUUGACAUUACUAGUUCCAUUGAUUACCCGACGUUGCCGUACGUCGUCCUUUGACUCUAUGGCGAUAUCACAAAUCGCAAAUGGCGUGGCAAGGCUUAAUUACCUCGAUGAGGACUUGAUGAAGGAAAUAGCAUUAAGAUCAUGCCAAGAUAUAUCCAAAUUUAGUACCAGGUGCAAAGUCACCAUUUUGAACGCAUUUCACAAACUUAAUGUAUUUAAUUAUGGGCUUUUCAAGACUCUGAUACGUGAUCUAGAAUCGUGCAAUACAGAAAUGACACCUCAAUGCAUAGCAAACACUGUUGCCGCUGUGGCCUAUUUCAGUAGAAAACUAGAUCGUGAAGAUAUAAUACCGUUGUUCAAAGCGUUACAUCGCAAGGUCUGUAUGAUGAAAUCCCUUGAACACUUCACCAUACAGAAUCAAGUUAACAUACUCAAUGGAUUCUCUAAAGUGGGAAUCUAUGAUCCGGAAAUAUAUAAUCGCAUCAGUUCAAAUAUUAUGCUGCAUAUGGAGAACAUAAAGCCUAUAGAUCUCGCCAUUAUGCUCAAUGUAUUCGCAAGAGCCAAGCAUAUACACCCAUUGGCGAUCCACCUUUGCGAGAAUGUGGAAAAUUAUCUUUGCGGGAUGAAACCACAAGAAAUAACGUGCUGUAUAUCCUCAAUUAAUCAAUUGCGUAAUAUAAGUGUGAAAUCUAAAAUGGACUCUGAACAUAUCUGGGUGACUGGAAUAAGAUCAAUCAAGGGGUUUUUGUGCAUGGAACCGAAUUUGAUCGCUUGUUUUAGACCACUUGACAUUAGACUUGUUAUAGUCAGUCUUUCUGAGAGUGGCAUAGUUGAUCAAACCUUAUAUGCUUUGCUCCUGAGGCGUUUGGAACAUGAAGCCAGGAAUGCAACUAUUUGGGACUUGGUAUGCAUUUUUUCUUCCCUCAUAAAAGAUAAAUACCCUGUGGAAGUCACACUUUUGGAUGCCAUAGAUGCGUCGUUACCUUUCAUUGGAAAGUGCAAGCGCAGGGGUAAGGCUGAUAUGGAAACGCUGAAAAGAGUAAUAGAACAGAUGGGUAUAUCACACCCAUUGAUUGAUAAGCUUAAUUAG